AUGGCUGUUAGUAAAGAUAUUCAAAAAUUAGGAAAAUUGGGGAGUGGCGCACCGAAAGAAACUGUAAAACAAUAUGAAGAGAAACUCUUAGUAGCAACUAAUCACGGGCAUGUUCCGGAUAUAGUACAUUUAUUAGAGUUGGGUGUUAACCCAAAUUGUUGCGGUGGUGAUGAUAAAGUGAUGCCUUUACACGUUGUAGCCGCUCGAGGUGAUAUGGUUAUUUUUGAUGUAUUAUACAAAACGAAUAAACUCGAUUUGAACGUUGUGUCGAGUCGGGGAACUCCAGCCCUAAUUAUUGGAAUAACUAGUAUGCACGAUGUGUUUGUGAAAACGAUGGCAGAAAAAGGGGCUAACGUUAACAUAACGGAUAGAUUUUUAAGAACACCCCUACAUCACUCCGUUUUUACUUUACAAAUAAAGAUGAUAAAGAUUUUAUUAGAUCAUAAUUGUAAUCGAAAUCCCGUUGACGUUUUUUAUGGGACCCCUUUAUCGAUAGCGGCAAUAGAUGUGGCUUGCUUCAAGAUGGUGAAAACUUUGGUUGAAGGCGGUGUUGCCGUUAAUUUUUAUCGAGGAACUCAACUUUUACCAUUAAUUUUAGAACUAACCUUACAUUGUACCGAUCAAAAUCGAUUAGAUAUUUGCGAAUAUUUGAUGAAAAACGGCAUCGAGAUGAACUCGAUUGAUCCAAGAACCGGGAGAAACGCGUUACAUUUCGUUGCGAUAAGCAAUAACGUGGCGAUGGCUAAAUUAUUAUUAAAACAUUAA